AGUGAAGCUUGAAGCAGAGUAGAUUAAUAUGGCUAAAAGUGGAACCUACCAAAACAAAACAAUAUUUUGGUAAAUAUAAAAAAGGGUGUCGCGUCCAAUAUACUAUAAAAACUCCUAGGUUGCAUCGCUUCGGGUUCAAGCUUUUCUAGUUGACUUGCGUCGUUUCUAUGAAUACGAUUCAAUUACAAACAGCUUUGACCGGGCUGUAUAUAUGGUAGUGAGUUAAAACUGCAGUGCAGUUAAAUUUUAGUCUUUGUUUACCGGCUUUAGCGACAAAAUAAUGGGUGAGAUACUAGAAAUUACGACACGGCCGAGGCAUCACCAUGUAUUCUACAAAUUCACAGGCAAUGGAGUCAACUUUGAAAUUAAAGCUGAGCGCAAUGCUGUACUUGGAAUAUCUAAUAAGCCAGAACAGAACUGUGAAUUUUUGAUUGGUAUAGGCCACAAUAAUAGGACAUGGAUAAAGAAAGUGAGAGGAAGAGGAGUCUACAGGGAAACUAUAGACACCCCAAAUAUUUUGUCUGCAACAGAGUAUAGACGAUUUUGGAUAUCAUGGUAUGGAGACAUUAUACGUUUGGGAGUAAACACAAGAAAAAGUCCCAUAAUAACAUUUAACAGUAGAACUUCGGAUUUAAAAUAUGUUACCUUCUUGGCGCUUGAUGAUGUUAGGAAUACUGUGCACUGGAGAAUUGAAGUGCCACCUUAUAUUGAAAAAUCAAUUAUGAAGCCUAUUUCUGGAGGUGACCCAUAUUGGGUGCCGUUUGACCGAACAACAAGCUUCCCAGACAAUGCAUUUAUUGGUGGACAUGAAAAUGAAAGCUUAUACAUAAUAAGGGCUGACCACAAUGGGUCAUUGACUCCAGGAAAAUAUAUGGCCUCAAAAGGAAUGGGCUACAUUCCCUGGGGAGGAGAAGCCAAUGCCAAAGUUUCAUUUGAGGUGCUAUGUGGAUUGAAUUUAAUUUGGGUACCAUGUAAAACAACAGAGGCUAUUCCAGUUGGAGCUGUAGUUGGUGGUUACUCAGAAGAUUAUGGAAAUGAGAAACUGUACAUUGGAAGAAGCAAAUAUUUAGAUCACAUAAUUCCAGGCAAAAUUCAGCCUUCUCACAAAGUGUGUUACGUGCCAUAUGAAGGUCGAGAAAUAGGCUUAGACAAGUUUGAAAUACUGGUUGUGCCCGAAAGUAACAGAUCCGUUAAUAAGUUCUUGAUUCCUGGCUCAGUAAUAGACCACCGCAUGGUUUUUCGCGAGGAAGAACAGAUGAACAUGGAUAUUGAACAUGCCGUGAAUUUCGAAGAGUAUGCUGGAUUUUUAAAUCCAGAAGUUGAUGGUUAAAGGCCACA